AUGAAUGCGGGAAACACGGAUCGCCGACGGCGCAUCCGUGAGCAGCUGCGUGAGUUCUACGGUGACCCCACAGCAAGCCGGGAGCGGCACUCAAUGGAAUGCGGCAAGGCAGGGACGUCGCCGGAGAUGGACGUGGACUCAGAGUUCUUCAACGUCAACAAGUACGUCACCGAUCUCCUGCGUCGGGAGAGUCUCAAGGAACUCGUAGAGACGGACACACAGCUGCUCCGCACCGUCCGCCACCUUGACGGGGAGCUGCAGGAGCUGGUGUACCAGAACUAUGCCAAGUUUAUCUCCGCAACCGACACCAUUCGUGAGAUGCGAGAAAACAUCACGGAGAUGGACGCCAAGCUGCAGGCUCUCUCCAGCAAUGUUGAGAACAUUGAUGCGGUGUCGAAGAGCGUUACGGACAAGCUGCAGUUGCACCGGAGUCGGAUUGAGGAUAUGAUUUUAACCAACCGCAUGCUGCGGAAAGUGCAGUUUCUUGUGGAGCUUGCGGACAGGAUGCGUCGACUUAUUGAGCGGCAGGAGUACAUGGCGUGCGUGAGGUACUGGGUCGUCGGUGACAGUUUCUUCGCAAAGCACACACAUUUAUCGAGUAUUACGAAGAUUCAUAGCGAGUGCAGGGUUUUGGCGGGGCAGCUGUAUAGUAAGCUGCAGGAAACCGUCGUCACCACUUCCCUGGAUGAUCCGGAGGCGAUGGAUGUUAUCCGUUGCGUUGUGGAGGACAUGCGUCUUAUGCGGGCCACCUCACUCUUCGCAGGUGCGGCGGCGGAGGAGGGAACGGCAACAACAGGUACCACAGGCGACACCUACGCGUCAUUUGAGGCGGAGAUUCUGGACACGUUGAUGAGGAACGUCAGUGGUGGCUUUGCGGCGGGGGUUCAAGGCGUCAAUAGUGCCAUCCGGGCAGCCCUGGCUGUUCCAAAUUUUGCCUCAAUGGAUCGCGCGCGUUGGACGGACGUCUUAGAGCACGCCCACCUGCAGGAGGCGCUGGCGCAACUGAAGAGCCUCUGCGCCCUCUUCCACUCCAACAGUGAGAGGGUGUACAGUUUGUUUAACCGCGAAAGUGGCCCCACCGUUGCGUUGCGAAUUGUCGAGGAGGUGCAGCCGGUCCUCAUCGACAUCAUGGCACCCAUUACCACCCACAUGAGCGAACUGUUCAUCGCCAUGGUGAGUGCCUUUUGCUCGGAUGGUGCAGGGGUGUUAACGAGGCCAGCCAUGGUUGACAGUGGGAUCAAUGCCAUCUUUACCACCUUGGCAAAGCGUCUCAAGUACUACUCUAGCACGCUGAAAACGUUGGGGGUGAACUACCUUGAUAAUGCGCACAGCCAGCAAAGUAGACAGUACGCGGCGCUCGUGGAUCAGUCUGUGCUGGACAUCUUUCAACGCCUUUUGGCGGCCUUGCAGUCGAAACUCACAGAGGGGGCAAGCGUCCCCGACACCAUUGCGUCUAACAACAAUUCAAAGGACUCGGCCUUCACACAACUGUUUCAGUUUUGUAUGACGCGCUUUGUGUUUGCCCACGCUGCCACUGCCGCUGAUGUGUUUGGUCUCGCAUCUCUCAUUGGCACCGAUACUCUGCAGCAUAGCGAUGUGGCCGGGGUGCAGCGACGUUGCACGUACGUUGCGCGGGCAUUCUCGCAUCGUGGUAUCCUCCUUCUUGGUCAGCUGCAUCUUAACUGGGUUGCCGCGGCAUCAUUUCCGAUGGAUGCGGUGGACCCCACAUCCGCGGCAGCGCCCAAUUUUGGUGUCGCCUACGCACUGUGUGAAUUUGUGCAGCAGUUGGGCACUAUAUACGCCCUCCUGCGGGAUGGGGUUCUUGCGGGUGGGGCGGUGAAGGAGCGACGUAGCGUGGACAGUGCAAUGGGUGGUGGCACGAGACGGUACACGAAUGCAGGCAGUGGCCGAAGCAGUAGCAGGGCUGCCUCGCGAAAGUUGGUGGUGACGUUCGUGCGGGAAACGGAUAACGCCCUGCAAAGCACCGUGGACCGCAUUUUUUCGAAGCAGUCGCGGAACAACACGGAGCUACGAACGCUUCCACACGAAAUUGGGGCUGCCUCCGUGGUGACUGCAGUGACUGUGUACGUUCUAAAGGGCCUGAUUGAAUACGUGCGGAACAAAUCCUUCACACGUAACGGCUUUCAAUGUGUGCAAAUCAGCUGCACCUUUCUCCUGCAUGCGUUGACACCUCCUGCACUGCCAGUUUCACCUGGUGCAUCCGGCGCCGAGGGUGGCAUGUCCCUCUUGUCCUCGUUGGCGGAGUGGCAGGGUGACUGCAGGGACGACAGAAUGCUAAAAAUUGUGCCGCAGCUUCUUAACGAGUGCUGCACAUCUGCGUACGAGCGUUGUAGAGAAAAGGCCCCACUGACGUCGGUGGUGGUGGAUAAACUAGUGAGCUCCGCCCUUGAGAAUACGCAGGUGACCUCCCCGCUUUUCUGA